GUUCCUUAGUUUUACAGUUCAGUGGUGUUUUGGCUUUUUGAAUCAUUUAUUUGAAACGUUGAUUGUUAACCAGCUAUAAUAUAUUUGGAAGUACAAAAUAUAUCUUGAUUAACUGAUGCACACGGCCAUACCAGGAUGAGUUUUAAAGAGGUCAACAGUGAACAAAGACAGGACUGGAAUCAAACCAGCACAGGUGUUGGACAUCACUAUCGUCCUGGCUAUUACUUUCCAGAUUCCGAAUUCAAGACUUUGAUUCAUCAGCCAUUACCCCCAGGCCUAGCAAAAGGAAACGAGAUCAUUAAGGACCAAGCUUAUGAUACAACAUAUGGAGAUUAUUAUGAUUCAAAACAUAAAGGAUCGUUGUAUGACUUCCCAUUGCACAAAAAAGCUCCUGGUCACUGGAAGGUCAAUUAUGUCAAAGAUGUAGCAGAAAAGCUUGGUCAAGGUGGCUGGAGAAAACCACUGACUAUGGGGAACCAGAAAACCGAACACCAGGACCAGUUUUGUGCUCGUAAAGGAUUACCAGACAAAUAUGCAUUUGAGGAUAUAGCUGGGCCUCAGUCGUUCAUUUUGCAAGACCACCACAAAGAAGGACCAUCAAAGUAUGGAAGAGGUACAACACAAAAUCCAAAACUGCAAGGUCAACCAUUCUAUGUGAAGGACCAAGCCUUGUUGAGGAAUCUUGACCCAUACAUAACAACUACACAUAAGACUCAUAGGAGAUUCAAACCAGAGGAGCUGAAAGCACAUCCCAAGAAAGAUAUAGCAACCUACUGGGAAUGUGAGGGAUAUCCCAAAGCCUGGGGCCAUGGUUUAAAGCAUAAUCCUCUACCUAAGGACUCUGUACCAAGAGAAAGACUACCAAUGAGAGACACAAUGAUCUUCAAAACGGCCACUAAGAUCCCAAGAUUACCAAAGCCUAUGGUUCCAGUGCCACACUCGGGUCUGAAAACACUGCACCAGGAUUCAUUUGUGCGUCCGUCGGACGUGAGGAUGAAGGAGAACUACUACUGUGCUGUGGAUACGCCAUUCACACUCCCUAAACCAGGAAGCAAGUCUAUAAUGACUGCUCCCAAGAUGUACAACACAGAAUACCAAAAUGUUGGGAGUGGCAAAACAAUUACUGUCUGAAAGAACAAUUCGAAAUUUAUUCACACUACUCAUAUAAUUGAAACAAAAUGGACCGCUUCUAUAUUGAGUGAAGCUCUUAUUUUUUUAAAUAUUUUAUUAACAAAAAGGCCAAAAACUAUCUUGUAUAUUACCACAUAUUUUUGUGUAAUAAUAUUAACAUUAACUCUUUAUUUUAAGGUGGUCCAUGUGUAUUCAUUACAGUAUAGACUUAAACCAUUAUUGUAAUGGAAUUAUUCAUGAGUUUUUCAUCAAAAGAACAAAGUCUAUAAUUCAGAGCUGAAAAAAUCACAUGUUUUGUUAAUCUGGGAUAGUUCUUGAUUAUUGAAAACCUGUGUGUGCCAGUCUUAAAUUGUUUUUGUCCAGUUCUUAUUGGUUCAAAAAUCUGUCUGUAUCCGUAAUGUUUUGGUAUUUUGGUCAUGUUUAGUCAGUUGUCAUCAGUAAUUUGGCAAGUCACUCUUUGCCUAUAUCAGUCGAAAGAAGUGACUUUAGCAGAAACUGCUUAACUGCCUAACCUAUUGCCAUAACUGAAUUUGCUAUUAUUACAUAAUACUGCAUUCACCAAUACACUGUGUAUCUAUGUCAUUUUAUUCCAUGAAGUGAAACAAAGAUGACAAAAUAUAAAUGUAAGUUGUAAGUUGUAUUUUCUAUCUGUUUGUUUUUUUUAUUUCGGAAAGAGAGUAUCAGUAAUUAUAUCAAUAUUUCAGAAAGAGAGUAUCAGUAAUUAUCCACAAGCAGUUUUAAAAUCUGUUCAUAUAUUGGACCAGACUCACUAACCCACAUUAUUUUACUACAUCAUGUAGACACAACACAGAUUUAACCUGGCUUAAAACACGACCAGUGUUGGUGCAGUAAUAUGUAGGUAUGUAGUCUAUAAAAGGAAUGUUUGUUUAACAAGAUCACAGCAGCAUAUUUGUAACCAGCAGUUGUUAGGUAGUGAACAUGGAGACUGCAAUUUUUGGUCUGGAGAUUGAGAGAAGGAUCCUGCUGUCACCCUAGAAACUACUCUUACCACUUGGCAACAAGGGAUCUUUUAUAUGGACUUUCCCAUAGAAUAGUCUUUUAUAUGGACUUUCCCAUAGAAUAACAUACAUUUUAUUAGAUAUACUCCAAUUGAUCAAUUUAAUAAUUGUCGUUUUACUCUAGUAAUUCCAAAUCUAUAGAGAUUCCACAACCUCCAACCUCGUUUUAGCUCAUGACAUAAUAGAUGGGACCUAAUGACAAUUUUACUUUUUCCCCAAAGCUGAAAUCGCUAUCGUAAAAAAGCAUAAAAUAGUAUAAUUGUAUUUAUGAAUAAUUUAAAUGUAUAAAAAUAUUGAAUACAUUAUUAACUAUUUCAGACUCAUUAAUAUUUUUAUUAUCCAAGAUAUUCAAGGAAAUAUAACCAGUAUGACCCACAUGUGUUAUAAUGAUUUCACAUGCACAACAAAUGAUGUAAUUUUGUGAAGUGACGUCAUAACUUAAUGCAACUUCCCCCAUGUAAACGCUUAUCAUUAUCAAAAUGACAUGACGUCGUCUCUUUUUAGUUACAUUUGAAAUGUUUUGACAUGGUCCUAGCUAGUUAUUCAUAAAAAUAAUAUUUUGGAUAAUGUGGAUAAUAAAGAAAUUAUUACACUUGCGUGUGAAUAGUACUGAUUUUACAAAACUUGUCGGGAUUCAUAUAUAAUCUAACAAUCUUGACACUCGUUUCAUAAAAUCAGUACGACACACAAGCUUGUAUAAUAAUCUCUAUGUAUGGCUUUUACCAAAGAACUGGUGAAAAAUGUUUUAAAGAUUGUGCUUAUUUGGUACAUCUCGGCUAUUCUGUAAAGCAGAAUCUUGUAUGUGCAGCUGAUAAAAAGUAAAUUUUUACCAAUUACUUAUCAAGUUCCUUUGUUACUUCGCAGAAUAAUUGAAAUUAUUUUUACUCUAAAGAAUUAUAACUCUCAAACUAGUUACUAGUACUUGUUGGGUAAACUUACUUUUGGUAAUAUACAUGUACUAUUUUCAUAUUUUAAAAGCACAAAAAACAAAUAUAAUAAACAUGUUCAUUUUCAUCUUAAAGACUCAAGGACCACAGAAGUUGUAGAAAGAUAACUCUAUUGUACUUGGUUUUACUCAAUCAUGUACUUGAUUAACUGGUCAGUGGGUUGAACAAGCAAUAUUCAACGAGCUUGAUUAAUCAGAACAUCGCUAUGCAAUGGAUAAACUUUUAUCAGUAGUAAAUAUUUUCAUUAUUUUAGCAGCAUCGUUUUUUUGUUGUCUUUUGUAAAUAUGUUAUUAGUGUGAAAGAUGGUCUUUCUGCUGUUGUUAAAAGUAUUAGCUCUCAUUUACUUUAUACUGCUGACUGGCUAUUGUACUGUAAAAAUUAUUAAGAAUAGCAUCAUUGUUAAUGUCACAAGUAUUAAAUUUCUGCUUAUAGUGUGAUUUUGUUGAAAGGUUAAAAAGGUGUAUUUUUAUUACAUAUAACUUGUUAAAAUGCCAGUGUUUUAUUGUGUAACCUACGUGUAUUUACUUGUACAUUUGUGUGUCACUUCAUCACUGGAAAUAAACAUUGCACAAUAAA